UGAUGGUCCUCAGCAGCUGUUGUGAAUGAGAAUGAGCCCAUGUGCAUGUCUGAACUUUCCCAUUCCUCUGCGGUCUGUCUGAGACAAUGACUCUCCAGUGGACGGCUGUGGCUUUCUUCCUCUAUGGAGAGAUAGCAGUCAACCUCAUCUUCUGCAUACCCUUCAUAUCAGCACAGAGAUGGCGUAAGGUUUUCAGCUGGAGAAUAUGGAACUGGUUAUCACCAUACUGGAACAAAUGCUUCUUUACUAUGAUCAUGGUUCUGAUUGUUCUUUUCCUUGAUGCACUCCGUGAGGUACACAAAUACUCCGGGCCUGAGCCAAUGCAAGAUGCUAAGGUGAACCCAAAUGUGUACGACCAUGUCCACAUGAAGCUGUUCAGGGCCCAGAGGAACCUCUACAUAUCUGGCUUCUCUCUCUUCCUCUGGCUUAUCAUGCGUCGGGUUGUCACACUGCUAAACCAGGCUGCUGUCACACUGGAGAGCAGUGCAGGCCUUCAGGCACAGAUGGAGAGUGCAGUCAAGGCAGCCAAACAGCACCAGGAAGACAACUUGCUACUCAAACAAGCUCUCCUCGAUGAGGAAAAUUCCUUGUCAGCAAAAAACCAGCAACUGAAGCAGGAGGUGGAGAAGCUGGCAGGUCAACUGAAGACUGCAAAGGAGGCUGUGCACAAGUCUGACGCUGAAGUCGAAGCCAUGAAGAGGCAGGCGAAAGGUCUGGCACACGAGUACGACAGACUACUGACGGAACACCAUCAACUUCAGAAUCUCCAGAGUCCUGAAGACAAAAAGGAUCAGUGACCACAGGAAUACAGCGGCAGGAGCCAUACUUGUUUUAUCCUUUACCACAUUCACCACGGCACGUUUGAACUGAUAGAAUUAAACUAACAACCAUUUAAUGGAUAAACGAUAGCACUGAAUAUUUUGAAAUGCUUGUGGGUGUGUUCUGAAUUUACAUUGUGCCUUUUUGUAUCAUCUUUUAGUAACUGCUCCCUCUAGUGGUUGAUUGUAGUCAUGCUAAUGCUAAAUGACUUCUAACGGACUGUCUUAUGAGAUGUAGCGCUUACAUGUUUUUGUAUUUACUAUAAACCUCUGAAAAAACAAUUAUAACAUUUAGCUUUAACUUUCUUUUUACAAUAGCGUCCUUAAAAUCUAUGUCUUGAAUGGUGGAUCUCCCUGCAAAUAAAUCAAUGUAUAGUGUGA